AUGAGCUGUGGAGUUCGCUCUCUUGUCCUCUCUGUACCACUGAGCCUGUGGAGUUCGCUCUCUCGUCCUCUCUGUAGCACUGAGCCUGUGGACCUGUGGAGUGUACUCUCUCGUUCACCUCCUCUUCAUCACCUCCUCUUCUUCAUCACCUCCUCUUCAUCAUCACCUCCUCUUCAUCACCUCCUCUUCAUCACCUCCUCUUCUUCAUCACCUCCUCUUAAUCACCUCCUCUCCGUCAUCACCUCCUCUUCAUCACCUCUUCUUCUUCAUCACCACCUCUUCUUCAUCACCUCUUCUUCAUCACCUCCUCUUCAUCAUCACCUCCUCUUCAUCACCUCCUCUUCAUCAUCACCUCCUCUUCAUCACCCCUUCCUCUUCUUCAUCACCUCCUCUUCAUCACCUCCUCUCCGUCAUCACCUCCUCUUCAUCAUCACCUCCUCUUCAUCAUCACCUCCUCUUCAUCACCUCCUCUUCAUCAUCACCCCUUCUUCAUCACCCCUUCUUCAUCACCUCCUCUUCAUCACCUCCUCUUCUUCACCUCCUCUUCUUCAUCACCUCUUCUUCAUCACCUCCUCUUCAUCACCCCUUCCUCUUCUUCAUCACCCCUUCCUCUUCUUCAUCACCUCCUCUUCUUCAUCAUCACCUCCUCUCCAUCAUCACCUCCUCUUCAUCACCUCCUCUUCUUCAUCACCUCCUCUUCAUCAUCACCUCCUCUUCAUCAUCACCUCCUCUUCAUCAUCACCUCCUCUUCAUCAUCACCUCCUCUUCAUCAUCACCCCUUCUUCAUCACCUCCUCUUCAUCACCUCCUCUUCUUCAUCACCUCUUCUUCAUCACCUCCUCUUCAUCACCCCUUCCUCUUCUUCAUCACCUCCUCUUCUUCAUCACUUCCUCUUCUUCAUCACCUCCUCUUCUUCAUCAUCACCUCCUCUCCAUCAUCACCUCCUCUUCAUCAUCACCUCCUCUUCAUCAUCACCUCCUCUUCAUCACCUCCUCUUCAUCAUCACCUCCUCUUCAUCAUCACCUCCUCUUCAUCAUCACCUCCUCUUCAUCACCUCCUCUUCAUCAUCACCUCCUCUUCAUCACCUCCUCCUCUUCAUCACCUCCUCCUCCUCUCCAUCAUCACCUCCUCUUCAUCACCCCUUCCUCUUCUUCAUCACCUCUUCUUCUUCAUCACCACCUCUUCUUCAUCACCUCCUCUCCAUCAUCACCACCUCUUCUUCACCACCUCCUCUCCAUCAUCACCUCCUCUCCAUCAUCACCCCUUCCUCUUCUUCAUCACUUCCUCUUCUUCAUCACCUCCUCUUCUUCAUCACCUCCUCUCCAUCAUCACCUCCUCUUCAUCACCCCUUCCUCUUCUUCAUCACCUCCUCUUCAUCACCUCUUCCUCUUCUUCAUCACCUCCUCUCAAUCAUCACCUCCUCUUCUUCACAACAUCCUUCUUCUUGUCUUCUUGGCAGAGGUAUCUGUUCGUGCUGCAGUUGAAGCAGGACGUCCUCUCUGGAAAACUUGAGUGUCCUUUCGAGACGGCCGUGGAGCUGGCAGCCUUCUCUCUCCAGGCUGAGUUGGGGGACUGUGACCCGUUGGAACACCCUCUGGACCUGGUCUCUGAGUUCCGGUUCAGUCCUGAUCAGACCGAGGACAUGGAACUGGCCGUUUACAACACCUGGAAGAGCUGCAGGGGGCAGACUCCAGCUCAGGCUGAGAUCAACUAUCUGAACAAAGCAAAGUGGCUGGAGAUGUACGGAGUGGACAUGCACAUGGUCAAGGCUCGCGAUGGUAACGAGUACAGUCUGGGUUUGACGCCCACUGGAGUCCUGGUGUUUGAAGGAGAGACCAAGAUCGGCCUCUUCUUCUGGCCAAAGAUCACACGCCUGGACUUUAAGAAGAGCAAACUGACUCUGGUGGUGGUGGAGGACGAUGACCAGGGGAAGGAGCAGGAGCAUACCUUUGUGUUCCGCAUGGAUCACCCUAAAGCCUGUAAACACCUGUGGAAGUGUGCGGUGGAACAUCACGCGUUCUUCAGGCUCCGAGGUCCAGUGCAGAAGAACUCUGACCUCAACCACUUCAUCAGGAUGGGCUCCCGCUUCAGAUACAGUGGGAAGACAGAGUAUCAGACGACUAAAGCAAACAAAGCUCGAAGAUCGGCUUCAUUUGAAAGACGUCCGAGUCGUCGCUACUCCAGGAGGACGAUGCACAACAGAGGUCCUUUUACUCCACAGCAAGUUCUGUCUGGAAACGGUGUGAGUGAGAGGAAAGACAGGGUGUCAGCCAUGAGAGGGGCCUGGUCUCCUCCUGUGGUCCCUACAGCGCCUCCAUGUGGCCCAGUGGAGAUACAGCCUCUGCCACACAGCCCUGGGACGGACAAGCGAGGUAUUGUGAUGUACUGA